GAUCCAAACAAGAGGCUCGCCCCGAAGGGAAGGUGCUCGGUGGCCGCAUUUCUGAUUCCUGUAACCAGUGAAAAUGGCAAAGAAGAAGAAAGACAACAAAGGAAGUAAUGAUGAUAAAUUGACUUUGGCAGAAGCUUUUCUGCAAUUUCGAUUUCAGUUAAAAGAAAAGGCUAUUGAAAAAUUAACCUACACUAUACAACAGCACCAAGAAAUGAAUGCACAAAGCAGAGAACAAAAUGAACAGUUGAAGAAGGAGCAGAAGGAACACAUCAGAAGACUAGUCAGAAAGGCCAACGAUCUGGAGAAAGAACUGGAACGCAAGGAGAUAAUUAACAAUGAGCAAGUAGAUCAGGCCAUGAAAGAAAAAUUGGAACUAAUUAAACAUCACAAACAGCAAACGCAAAUGAUGCGGUCCUUUAUAAAAGAUCUGGAACAGAAAAUUCUGAAGGAGGAAGAAGUGAAAGCCUACUGGCUAGAGUACAAGAAUGUUGGAAGCAUUGAACAUGGCAGAAUCAUUAAGGUUCGAGAAAAUGAGCUUGUAGAGCUGGUGAAAAAUUUUGGUGACAUCGAAGAUCACUUUCAUAGAGCCUUAGCUCGAGCAAAGGAAGAUAUUGACAGCUUGACAAAAGAACAAAUGGAUGAAAAAAAGGCACUUGCUGCACAGAAAGCCGUGAGUUAUAUGGGGAGAUACAGUCGCCAGCAAGUAAAGGAAAAUGCAUGGCUAAAGAAAGAGCUAAACCUAUACAGUCUGGAAGUUGCUAAUUUAGAGCAAGCAGUUAAAAAGAUUGAAGAGGAAAAUCUGGAAGUUUUGAGUCAACUGUUUGAUUGUCAGAUCAGUGACCUUAAUAUAUGCAGAAAUUUAUUAAAGAUGCAUGCGGUUGGAACUGAAGGCCAAGACAGUGGUGUACUGGAAGAUGAUGUAGCGGUAUUAGAGCUCAGAGGCCAACCUUCAGAGAUCGAUGAUAAUUUCAGCCCCAUUCUACCAAAGAGUGCAACAAUUCUUGCAGCAGAGAAUAAAGCUUCAUUAAUGCAACCAUGCUUUAAAGAAGAAAAGACAAGUGAUGACGAACCACAGUUCCAGUUAGGCAAGUCCGUGUCACAGAAUCUCACCUAUUUGUUACAGGAUGAUGAAAAAUACUUUGAGUAUUUUGAGUGCGGGACCCUGGAACAGAAGCUGUUACACAUAGAGGGCAGAGCUAUGCUGCUUAAAGCCGACACACAACCUCUCAGUCAAGAAAAGAGAAAUGAAGAAAAAUCAAAUGAAGUAGAGAUGGUGUGGCCUGUUACUGGCACAAUGCUCAGAUCUGCUAUAUUAUAG